CUGCCCCUGCUCCGGCUGAGUUCCGUUAUAUUCCAUUAUGUUAAAGAUGGUCACUCUUGUCUAGGGGCUGGGAUCCUUUUUUGUUAUCCAAGAAAAGAAAAUCAUGGCUGGACAAAGGCAUUAGGCACAUCUUCAGUGAUAUGAUCUAAUUGCUUUAACAUGGCGAUAAGGGAGCUCAAGGUCUGUCUUUUGGGGGACACAGGAGUUGGAAAGUCAAGUAUUGUAUGCCGUUUCGUGCAAGACCAUUUUGACCACAACAUAAGUCCAACGAUCGGUGCGUCGUUUCUCACCAAGACAGUGCCGUUUGGGCAGGAACUCCACAAAUACCUGAUCUGGGACACUGCUGGACAGGAAAGGUUCCACUCGCUAGCUCCUAUGUACUACCGUGGUUCGGCCGCUGCAGUCGUCGUCUAUGACAUUACUAAACUGGACUCCUUCCAGACCCUGAAGAAGUGGGUGAAGGAGCUGAAGGAACAUGGACCGGAGGAUAUUGUUGUCGCCAUAGCCGGGAACAAAAACGACCUUGGAGACAUCAGGGAAGUGCCGAUGAAGGAAGCAAAGGAGUUUGCAGAAUCCAUUGCGGCAAUUUUCAUUGAGACUAGUGCUAGAAACGCUGUCAACGUUGAGGAACUCUUCCAGAAGAUCAGCAAGCAGAUCCCACCCCUGCAAAACCCAGAUGUGGAGAGCAACGAGUCUUUCAAGCUCACCCAACAACCCCAGCCGUCCACUAGGAGGUGCUGCUAGACUAUCAGCACCUCCUAGUGGAGCGUUGGGGGGAUGUAUUCGUGGAGAUGGUGAAGUGUCCUAACCCCUCCGGCCCUCGAACCCUUCACCAUCUCCACGAAUACAUCCCCCCCCCACCGCUCCAUCCGCUAUGCAUGCAGGCAGCAACACACACAUUCCUUGCUUCCAGGAGAAGGGAGCAGUGGACACCAACUGUCUGGCCUUGCAGAGAACCAAGGUAUCACGCUGAUUGCUGGGUAUUUUUGUGUGUGCGUGUGUCUGCGUUUUUGUGUGUCUGUGUGACAAGAGUAUUGAUUCACAUUCAAUUGAUUCACAUUCAGUUGUUUGUCUCCCUCCGGUGGUUUCAUAUAUGAACUAUAACAGGAUGUUUUUAAAUGACCACACUGCUGUAUUUUUGUCUUGCCAUAAGCAUUUAACAUUCCGUUAGCUUGCAUGCAUAGCUGUAGGAUUGUUGUAAAUGUACUGGUUUAUCUGGUUAAUUGUGGUUGCUGUAGUAUUGAACAUAUCUCAUUUAGUAUAAUUGUUAUUCCAAAACAUAACUUUAAAUGCUAAAUAAGGUACUUUAAGCAGAAGACCACAUUUUAAAUGGUUGGAAUGUCCAUUGUAUACAUUUUUCAUUGAUUGACCUUGCACUGUGUCACUCAAUUAUUGGGUGAUUUGGUUGGAUUUAUUGGAGCUAUUAAUGCAUCUAAUUAUUGACAUUUAGCGGAAUAUGGCUAGCAUACAAAUCCCUAACCGCUUUCCAUUCCAAUUGGUCAUGUGUUCAUCACGUCAUCCAUCUCAAAAACAUUGAUUUUUUUAUACAGUGAAAAUCCUCUUGUGGAACUGUACCCUGGUAUGGUCACAACAGAGGCAUUGGGGUUAUUGCACAAAAGUGAUUCAUUCUUAUGCAUAGUGUCAAUGCAUGAAACUUAAUUAUCAGUGCCUUAUUAUUGGAAGACUUUAUAACAGCACUUUUUCAACAGAUAAAACAUUUUAGAAUUAGGGUCGGGUUAUGUAUCUUUUUUUGGAUGGAUCUUUACAAAUAUACUAAAAUGCUUACUCUCCCAAUUUUCAAUGGCGAUUCCAAUCUGUGGUAGACUUUAUCAUGAUACCUACCUUAAUAUUACAGAAAGAUCUAAUGCGACUAACUUCCUUCCUAACUUCUAUUUGCCAGAGUGUUAAAGUUAAUUCCACACAAGUGCCCUUACUAAUGACAUGUUGUUUACUGGGGAUAGCAGCGCAUAAUACUAAAGGAUGCAUGUAUUUCAGCAUUUACAGAGUAAAACACAAAUCCGCCCUGAAGGUACAAUUUAAGCCAUUCAGUAUGUCACCAUGUUAUCUUGUAUUCUCAGAAGACCAGAUUGAAAAAUGUACUUUAAUCUGUGUAAUAAAAUGUAAAUAAUA